AUGGUUGGAUCGAGUGCAGAAAUCAUGGCUGCAGGAACGACAGAUCUAGUUCGCGCUCAACCAUCCCAAUCGAUCUGCACUUCUCAGAAACAGAGCUCGACCCCUCCGACACAGAGCUCGAUUGAAAGGGCUAAGUUUAGGAGAGCUAUAGGUUAUUCGCUUGAUGACAUUAAGGGACUUUCACCUACUUUGUGCACACAUAGGAUUCACCUCGAAAACGAAUCACAUUGUAGCAUCGAACCACAUAGGAGAUUGAAUCCCAACUUGAAAGAAGUAGUUAAAAAGGAGAUUCUUAAACUGCUUGACGCUUGUGUGAUCUAUCCUAUGUUUGAUAGUACUUGGGUUUCACUAGUGCAUUGUGUUCCUAAAAAAGGUGGCAUCACUGUGAUUAAAAUCGAGAAGGAUGAAUUAAUACCAACUCGAACUAUAACAGGACAUAGGAUGUGCAUAGAUUACAGGAAAUUGAAUUCUGCAUCUAGGAAAGAUCACUUCCCAUUGCCAUUCACUGAUCAAAUGCUUGAAAGAUUAGCUAAUCAUCCCUACUACUGUUUUCUUGAUGGUUAUUCUGGGUUCUUUCAAAUUCCAAUUCAUCUUAAUGAUCAAGAAAAAUCCACCUUCACUUGUCCUUAUGGAACAUUUGCAUAUAAGAGGAUGCCUUUUGGUCUUUGCAAUGCACCUGCUACUUUUCAGAUGUGUAUGACCUCCAUUUUUUCGGAUCUGAUCGAGGAGAUGGUGGAAGUCUUCAUGGACGAUUUCUCAGUCUAUGGCUCCUCCUUCUCCUUAUGUUAG